UUAAGCGUAUUUAGAGCUAAUUUAGGCCUAUUUAAAAGAGUUUUGGAGCUAAUUUUGUAGUAUUUUAGAGCUUAUUUAGAGUAUUUUAGUGAUAAUUUUGGCACUAUUUGUGUGUUUUUGGUGUUGAGUGAAAUUUUUAAAUUAUCUUUUUUAAUAAAUAAUUUUAGAUAAAAAUAAUUUUAGUGUAGAGUAAAAUUAAAAUUUGUAAAAUAAUGUGAAGAGAUGAUACAUUUUGGGGGUGAAGUGCUGAGUGAGAAGUUAGUUUCUGAGAGUGAUUCUUCCGAGGAUUUGCCAGAAACUGACGAGUUCUCUGAAACUCCGCAGGAUUCCACCGUAGAUAACUUCAAUUUAGCCUCAGAUUCCGUUAACUUGGAUGAAAUUACUGAGGCUGAGGGGAGAUCAGUGGAUUUAAUGGAUUUAUCAAGUGUUAAAGAAAGAAUUGAAAAUAUUUGCGGAAUUUUAUCCAAAUGGAAGGCGUUAGACACUAAGAGGAGUCGAGAAUCGUAUAUUGAUGAGCUGAAGAAAUUAGUCACUGUAUACUACGGAUACUCUGAAGAACUAUCAGACUACUUUUUCAAAUUGUUUAAUCCUUUGGAGGCGAUUCAAUUUUUUGAUGCGAAUGAACAGCCAUUACCACUCACCAUCCGAACCAAUACACUCAAAACUAAACGAAAGGAUUUGGCGGUGAGUUUGAUAAAUAGGGGUGCGAAUGUGGAUCCGAUUGGUGAUUGGACGAAGGAGGGUUUGGUUGUGCAUUCUUCUAAAGUCCCCAUCGGGGCUACUCCUGAAUAUUUAGCCGGACAUUACAUUCUUCAAUCCGCCUCAUCACUCAUUCCCGUUCUUUCACUAGCCCCCAGACCAAAUGAGCUGGUAUUGGACAUGUGUGCUGCACCGGGUGGUAAGACUACGCAUAUUGGCCAGUUAAUGAAUAACACUGGCAUUCUAUUCGCUAACGACUCCAAUAAAUCCAGAUGCAAAUCCCUAGUCUCAAAUAUUCACAGAUUGGGAAUAUUGAAUAGUAUAGUGUGUAAUUACAAGGGUGACGAGUUAGUGCGUGUGUUACCAAAGAUGGACCGUAUUUUACUGGACGCGCCAUGUUCAGGUCUCGGUGUCAUCUCCCGUGACCCUUCAAUUAAAGUAAAACGUGGCCUUAAAGAUUUACAGCGCAAUUCUAACCUGCAGAAACAACUCCUCACAGCCUCAAUUAACCUCGUUAAACCCAAUGGAAUUAUUGUCUACUCCACCUGCAGCCUCUCAAUUGAAGAAAAUGAACAAGUCAUCCACUACGCAAUUAGGAAAUUUAAUGUUAAACUUGUGCCACUAGGGUUGGAGAUUGGAACGCCUGCGUUUUCGAGUUUUAGGGGAAGGAAAUUUCACCCGUCAAUUGCUAAGUUUGCUCGCCGGUUUUACCCUCACAAACAUAGCCUCGACGGCUUCUUCGUCGCAAAACUCAUCAAACUACCGAACUCACACAUACAUCAGAAUCACCACACUAAUACAGAUAAAUAAAAUAAUAUUAUUGUUAUUGUGUGUUACAAUUGGUGUUGAAG